AUGUUUUGUUUUUCCGCACAGGUUGACUUUCUUAAGGCGGUUAUUAUCGUAAGAGUAGCGACACAGGGUAGGCAGGACUAUAGGCAAUGGGUCACACAUUACUACCUGAGAUACGCGCUGGACGGAAUUCACUUCGUCGACUACAAGCAAAAACACGGGAGAAAGUAUUUCCCAGGAAACCGAGAUCAGAACACUGUGAAAUCAUACCCGCUGGUGCCAAAUAUCAAAACAAGGUACAUUCGUAUCAUGCCUUGGCACUGGUAUGGACACAUCUCCAUGCGAGCAGAGUUCUACGGAUGCUUUGCAGGUUGGUGGGAAGUAAAGAAAUAGAGAUACUACGAUUAUCAGUUGAAACGGAGCUAGUUGCUCGUAACAACAACAUGAUUUGAACGUUAAAACCUGGUCACCAAACGUCUGUCGCGCCUUGUUCAGCUGAUAAUCGUAGUAUAUUGUACUCAUUAUAGGCCAGUUUAUAGUUGUGUUCUCAGUGACUUGACCUAUGAAUGCAAACGAGGUUGGAGGUAAUCCUGCUUUGAUACAAACCUCUCUGCUUUUCUUA